UAGCCGCCUCUAUUUAUUUAUUUAAAUUUGAUGAUAUCGAAUGGAUUUCACUCGUCCACAUAUUUCCGAUUUCAUGUGGCCAAACAUUCAUAGAUUAGCUGAAUCACCGCAACAAAACUCACGUAUCUUGCAUUCCACUAAAUAGCCUACGUCCCCUCACUCUCAACCAACCACAUAGCAAGUCAAAAGCCGAAAGACAGACAUCUGAACAUUUUCUCCGAAGUCGUACCAAACCACACACAACCGCGCCACACCAGAUCACCAAACGACUAUAAACGCGCGCGUUUCACAGUUCACCAAUCUCGGAGAAGCGAACUCAGCGGCGAGAGUCGUGACUCGGAACUCAGAACUCAGCCACUUGCGGCCAUGGCGUCGGUGCACAGCGCCGUCGUUCCCCGCAGCUUCUUGCCAUCGAUUCCCAAACCCAAGCCGAACGCUCCGCACGCGAAAUCCAUUCCCAAUGCGCAGAGCUUUCCGGCGGCGAGAUUGUCCCGGAAUCGCGUUUUCUCGGGAAACAAACGCGCGUUUGUGGCGAACUCGGCGGUGGAGGAGUUCGACGUGAUAUCGGUGCAGAGCGAUGAUAUCACGGACCAGCAAGAGGGCGUAGUGGGGGGGCACGUGGAGAUGGAAGGUGGAGAUGGCGAAUUGGUGGCGCAAGUGAGUGGAUUCGGAGCAAACGAGGGUUUGUUAUUGUUGGAAGGGUUUUCUUCUUCUUCUUCGCCGUCUUCUUCGGGUUUGGUUGGUGGUGAGAGCGAGCAGAACGUGGAGAAGCUUAUUGAUAGAACUAUCAAUGCUGCUAUUGUGCUUUCUGCUGGUUCUUUUGCCAUCACCAAACUUAUCACCAUUGAUAGUGAUUACUGGCAUGGAUGGACACUGUUUGAGAUACUAAGAUACGCACCCCAGCAUAACUGGUCUGCUUAUGAGGAAGCUCUCAAGACAAAUCCGGUUUUUGCCAAGAUGGUGAUUAGUGGGGUUGUUUACUCUGUAGGGGAUUGGAUUGCACAGUGCUUUGAAGGAAAACCUCUUUUUGAGUUUGACCGUGCGCGGAUGUUCAGAUCGGGGCUUGUUGGUUUUACUUUGCAUGGCUCUCUUUCUCAUUACUAUUAUCAGUUUUGUGAGGAGCUAUUUCCUUACAAAGAAUGGUGGGUAGUUCCUGCCAAAGUUGCCUUCGAUCAAACUGCAUGGUCAGCAGUUUGGAACAGCAUUUAUUAUACGGUUGUCGGACUCCUGCGUCUUGAUUCUCCUAUUAGUAUUUUUAAUGAAUUGAAGGCAACAUUUUUUCCCAUGUUGACGGCAGGGUGGAAGUUGUGGCCAUUUGCUCAUCUAGUUACUUAUGGCGUAAUACCGGUUGAGCAAAGACUUCUUUGGGUGGAUAUAGUAGAGCUUGUUUGGGUGACCAUACUUUCGACAUUUUCAAAUGAGAAGUCAGAAGCAAGAAAAUCUGAUUCUUUGGUGCCUACAGAAGUGAAAUCCACUACAGCAGUUUAUCCUCCUGAGGAGUAACGAGAAGAGAUAUGACAACAAGCAGUGGGAG